GGCCUGCGGUCCCAAACGGUCCAUCCUAGAACCGUCAGGGCCCUGGGGGUAGGUAUCAUGGAUGUGCCACAUUGUUUCUCGAUCCCGUUCUCUUGUCCAAGCGAGUUACACAAUUUUCUACACGCCUUCCAUGACUGGGUCCAAUGCUUCCAUUGCAAAUGUCCCGUCAUUACGGAUCUGUUCCUUACUGACCUGUCCAUGUCGCCAACCCGCCGAAGUCUAGGGGAAAUCGAGCAACGCUCCACUGCGAUUAUCAUUUGCAUGUCACGAUAUGUCAAACAUGGUAUCCGUACGGAAAUCCUCACAACUCCCUCGGAAUCCGCUCUGGCCCUAUCGGCCUCGUCGAUUCUUCGGCUCUCUCAUUCGCAUCCCUGGCGCCACAAACCUGCCUUUACGCUGUCACCCUCCGGUCCCUCCCCCUCCAAGACGUCCACCUUGAAUUUCGAGUCUCGACCGUCGCGCCCCUCCCCCUCUCUGAAGUCUGAACCCAUGGAUGAUGACCCAGAAUUCGCUGUCACGCAUCAUGCUGCGCUACGGGUACUGUCAUCCUAGACCUUGCAAGGUCCGUCGCUCGCUCGCUUGUACUUACAGUUCACCGUUCCGGGCGUCACCGCCCUCAAGCACCCCCCGUCGAUAUCGUGAACUGGCGCUUCCGGGGCCCUCGAACUGCAGGGACAAAAGCGCACAUUCAACCGAGUCCCUAUCGAGUAUGUACGGAUACAGAGCCCUGGACUCUACAGAUAGAGGGGCAUCCCAUCGCCUGUCAAGCACCAACGAUGCGGUGAGUCCUUAGAACCGAAAGGGCAAGUCCUGUCAUAUCUGUGGGGAGCCAACUAACAACACUUGCGCUUCGACUGCUGGGUCGCAGCAAGAGAGUGGACAUCCCCUCUUCUAUUCUCU